UUAGCCACACAUUUUGCAUAUCAUCUUUUUAAUUUGGCUAUAAAUAUUAAUGUUUGGUUGCUCAGUAUUAAUUUCAUGUAUAUUUUCCUUCCCUUAUAGUAAAGAGUAUUGAGUAGAAUAUGGAAUCAUGGAUGUGGUGUUUCCUUCUCUGUUCCCAUUUGCUCAUCCUUUAUUUUUCACCCUCUCAUUCCUUAUGCCACCCCCAUGACACCUCUGCCUUGCUCCACUUCAAAAACUCUUUCACUAUUUAUGAAAAUCCUUAUUAUUCUUAUUUAUUUUGUGAUACUGGUAAUUCAAAGAUGACAACAUGGGAAAAUGGGAGAGAUUGUUGCUCUUGGGCUGGAGUCAGCUGCCACCCCAUCUCAGGUCACGUCACUGAGCUCGACCUCAGCUGCAGUGGCCUUCACGGCAAAAUUCAUCCAAACAGUACGCUUUUCCAUCUUUCUCAUCUUCACUCACUCAACCUUGCUUUCAAUCAUUUGUAUCCAUCUCAUUUGUCAUCUCUCUUUGGUGGAUUUGUGAGCCUCACUCAUCUCAACUUGUAAUUAGUCUCACUUGAUCUCUCUGGUAAUAAUUUGUUAAAGUGGAAGGAAGACACUUGGAAGAGAUUGCUCCAAAAUGCAACAGUUUUAAGGGUGCUUGUUUUUGAUUAUGGAACAGAUAUGUCUUCCAUUUCAAUCAGGACACUCAAUCUGUCUUCCUCUUUGGUUACUCUUAGUCUUCGAGCGAAUGGGCUAAGAGGAAACUUGACAGAUGGCAUUCUCUGUUUACCAAAUCUUCAGCACUUGGAUCUUUCAGUUAACAACCUCAACGGUUCAAUCCCUCCCUUUUUCUCUAACUUCACACAUCUUACUUCCUUGGAUCUCUCAGAAAACAACCUCAACGGUUCAAUCCCUCCCUCUUUCUCCAACCUCAUACAUCUCACUUCCCUGGCCCUUUCACGUAACAACCUCAGGGGUCAAAUCCCAGAUGUCUUUCCUCAGUCAAACAGCUUUCACGAAUUGGUUUUAAGUGGUAACAAAAUAGAGGGUGAGCUGCCAUCAACACUUUCAAAUCUUCAACAUCUCAUUCACUUGCAUCUUUCAUAUAAUAAAUUGGAGGGCCCUCUGCCUAACAAUAUAACAGGGUUUUCAAACCUAACAUCGUUAUGGUUAAAUGGAAACUUACUGAAUGGGACAAUUCCUUCUUGGUGUUUAUCUUGGCCAUCUUUGGUGGAUUUAGAUCUAUCAAGAAACCAAUUCUCUGGGCAUAUUAGUGCAAUCUCAUCAUAUUCCUUGAAGAGAUUGUUUUUAUCCCACAACAAGUUACAAGGCAAUAUUCCAGAAUCAAUUUUUAGCCUUCUAAACCUUACUGACUUAGAUCUAUCAUCAAACAAUUUAAGUGGAUCUGUCAAAUUUCAUCGUUUCUCCAAGCUUCAAAAUUUGGCAACACUUCACCUUUCACAGAAUGAUCAGUUAUCACUAAAUUUCAAAUCAAAUGUCAGUUAUAGUUUCUCCAAUUUAUUGAGUUUGGACUUAUCUUCUAUGGGUUUAACUGAAUUUCCAAAAUUAUGGGGAAAAGUCCCAAUCUUGGAAUCGCUCUAUUUGUCCAACAACAAACUUAAAGGUAGAGUGCCAAAUUGGUUGCAUGAAAUAUCGUUAUCUGAAUUGGACCUCUCUCAUAACCUAUUGACACAAUCAUUGCACCAAUUCUCGUGGAACCAACAACUCGGUUACCUUGAUCUUAGUUUUAACUCAAUCACUGGUGACUUCUCUUCCUCAAUUUGCAAUGCAAGUGCAAUUGAGAUUCUCAACUUGUCUCACAACAAGUUGACAGGAACCAUUCCACAAUGCCUUGCUAACUCAUCAUCCCUUCAAGUUUUGGAUCUACAACUGAACAAGCUUCAUGGCACUUUGCCAAGUACCUUUGCAAAGGACUGUUGGCUCAGAACUCUGGAUCUCAAUGGCAACCAAUUAUUAGAAGGUUUUUUGCCAGAAUCUUUGUCCAAUUGCAUUAAUCUGGAGGUUUUAGAUCUUGGAAACAAUCAAAUAAAGGAUGUGUUUCCCCAUUGGCUUCAAAUUCUACCAGAAUUGAAAGUAUUGGUUUUGCGAGCCAACAAGUUGUACGGUCCCAUUGCCGGUUUAAAGACCAAACACGGAUUCCCCAGUUUAGUCAUUUUUGAUGUCUCUUCCAACAACUUCAGCGGCCCAAUACCAAAAGCCUACAUUAAAACAUUUGAAGCGAUGAAGAACGUUGCUCUACAUGCCUAUAGCCAAUACAUGGAAGUUUCUGUAAAUGCUUCUUCUGGACCCAACUACACUGAUUCUGUGACUAUAACAACAAAAGCAAUUACUAUGACAAUGGAUAGAAUUCGAAAUGACUUUGUAAGCAUUGAUUUAUCGCAAAACAGAUUUGAAGGAGACAUUCCAAGUGUCAUUGGGGAGCUUCAUUCACUCAGAGGACUCAACCUUUCCCAUAACAGACUUAUUGGUCCUAUUCCCCAAUCCAUGGGAAAUUUGACAAACUUAGAAUCAUUGGAUCUCUCCUCAAAUAUGCUCACUGGUGGGAUACCUACAGAAUUAAGCAAUUUGAACUUUCUUGAAGUCCUAAAUCUUUCCAAUAACCAUCUUGUGGGAGAAAUACCUCAAGGAAAACAGUUCGGUACUUUUUCCAAUGAUUCCUAUGAGGGAAACUCUGGGUUAUGUGGACUCCCACUGACAAUCAAAUGCAGCAAGGACCCUGAACAACAUUCUCCACCUUCAACUACCUUCAGGAGAGAAGGAGGAUUUGGAUUUGGUUGGAAACCAGUGGCUAUAGGAUAUGGAUGUGGAAUGGUCUUUGGAGUUGGAAUGGGAUGUUGUGUAUUGUUAAUAGGAAAGCCUCAAUGGCUUGUGAGAAUGGUUGGAGGUCAACUCAAUAAAAAGGUGAAAAGGAAGACAAGGAUGAGAUCUAAUGAAAAUGGUAGCAGAAUGAAUUAUGGGUUUUCAAACCUAACAUCGUUAAGGUUAUAUGAAAACUUACUGAAUGGGACAAUUCCUUCUUGGUGUUUAUCUUCGCCAUCUUUGGUAGAUUUAGAUCUAUCAAAAAACCAAUUCUCAGGGCAUAUUAGUGCAAUCUCAUCAUAUUCCUUGGAGAGAUUGUCUUUAUCCCACAACAAGUUACAAGGCAAUAUUCCAAAAUCAAUUUUUAGCCUCGUAAACCUUACUUUCUUAGAUCUAUCAUCAAACAAUUUAAGUGGAUCUGUCAAAUUUCAUCGUUUCUCCAAGCUUCAAAAUUUGGAAGACCUUCACCUUUCAUGGAAUGAUCAGUUAUCACUAAAUUUUGAAUCCAAUGUCAACUAUAGUUUCUCUAAAUUAUUCUUGUUGAACUUAUCUUCUAUGGGUUUAACUGAAUUUCCAAAAUUAUCGGGAAAAGUCCCAUUUUUGGGAUCACUCCAUUUGUCCAAUAACAAACUUAAAGGUAGAGUGCCAAAUUGUUUGCAGGAAUCGAACUCAUCGUUAUAUGAUUUGGACCUCUCUCAUAACCUAUUGACACAAUCAUUGCACCAAUUCUCAUGGAGCCAACAACUACAACUCAGUUACCUUGAUCUUAGUUUUAACUCAAUCACUGGUGGCUUAUCUUCCUCAAUUUGCAAUGCAACUGCAAUUCAGAUUCUCAACUUGUCUCACAACAAGUUGACAGGGACCAUUCCAUAAUGCCUUGCUAACUCAUUACACCUUCGUGUUUUGAAUCUACGACUGAACAAGCUUCAUGGCACUUUGCCAAGUACCUUUGCAAAGGACUGCCGGCUCAGAACUCUGGAUCUCAAUGGCAACCAACUAUUAGAAGGUUUUUUGCCAGAAUCUUUGUCCAAUUGCAUUGUUCUGCGGGUUUUAGAUCUUGGAAACAAUCAAAUAAAGGAUGUGUUUCCCCAUUGGCUUCAAACUCUACCGAGGACAUUCCCCAGUUUAGUCAUUUUUGAUGUCUCUUCCAACAACUUCAGCGGCCCAAUACCAAAAGCCUACAUUAAAAAAUUUGAAGCCAUGAAAACCGUUUUUGGACAUGCCUGGCAAUACAUCGAUUUUGUUGAAGAUUCUAACUACGCUGAUUCUGUGACUAUAACAACAAAAGCAAUUACUAUGACAAUGGACAGAAUUCGAAAUGACUUUGUAAGCAUUGAUUUAUCCCAAAACAGAUUUGAAGGAGAGAUUCCAAGUGUCAUUGGGGAACUUCAUUCACUCAGAGGGCUAAACCUUUCCCAUAACAGACUUAUUGGUCCUAUUCCCCAAUCCGUGGGAAAUUUGAGAAACUUAGAAUCGUUGGAUCUCUCCUCAAAUAUGCUUACUGGUGGGAUACCUACAGAAUUAAUCAAUUUGAACUUUCUUGAAGUCCUAAAUCUUUCCAAUAACAAUCUUGUGGGAGAAAUACCUCAAGGAAAACAGUUCGGUACUUUUUCCAAUGAUUCCUAUGAGGGAAACUCAGGGUUAUGUGGACUCCCACUGACAAUCAAAUGCAGCAAGGACCCUGAACAACAUUCUCCACCUUCAACUACCUUCAGGAGAGAAGGAGGAUUUGGAUUUGGUUGGAAACCAGUGGCAAUAGGAUAUGGAUGUGGAAUGGUCUUUGGAGUUGGAAUGGGAUGUUGUGUACUGUUAAUGGGAAAGCCUCAAUGGCUUGUGAGAAUGGUUGGAGGUCAACUCAAUAAAAAGGUGAAAAGGAAGACAAGGAUGAAAUCUAAUGAAAAUGGUAGCAUAAUGAAUUAGAUGAUAUGUGGCAUGACUGUAGAAUGUCUUCUUGCACACCUUCCUGUUGAAAUUCAAUUCUGCCUUGUUGAAAAUAAAACAUAAGGGCCAAAACCUUAUCACACUGCAUUGCAUAUGCAUGGGAGAUCUGUUUCAAAGUUUAGUUGUAAUUGUAAUAUGAUGUGUUGUACUUUUUUUUUCUCUGUUGGAUAGAUGAGUGUGAUGUACUUUUUUCCCCUUCCUUUGCUACUGAAACUCGGGUCUAAAUCAUCAUAAGUUUGAUGUUCUUCAUUUUCCUUGAGCGGGCUAUUUUGUUUUAUUUAAUACAUAUAAUUGUAGUAUUGGUUAUAUAAUAAUAGUUGUUGUUGUA